AUGCCACUGGCGAGAUCCUUGUCCAUGACAUCUCUGAAUGGGCUUCUUCAGUGUGAGGAUGAAGACCUGCCCGUGGAGGAUUUGUUGCUCUUUGAAAUUUCUUGGGAGGUUACCAACAAAGUGGGAGGCAUUUACACUGUGAUCCAGACGAAAGCCAAAACUACAGCAGAUGAAUGGGGUGAAAACUAUUUCCUGAUUGGCCCCUAUUUUGAGCAGAAUGUGAAGACUCAGGUGGAAUUCACUGAACCUCCAAACCCUGCAGUUAAGAAGGCAAUGGACACCAUGAAAAGCCAAGGGUGUCAGGUCUUUUUUGGAAGAUGGCUGAUAGAGGGCAGCCCUUAUGUCUUACUGUUUGAUAUAGGAUCAGCAGCUUGGAACCUGGACAAGUGGAAAGGUGAAUUUUGGGAAGUCAGCAACAUAGGGAUCCCUUUUCAUGACCGAGAAGCCAAUGAUGCUGUGAUUUUUGGAUCAUUAACAGCCUGGUUUUUGAAAGAGCUUUCCUGUCAGUUUGAUGACAAGCCCAAUAUAAUUGCCCACUUCCACGAGUGGCAGGCAGGAGUGGGUUUAAUCCUGUCUCGAUCACAGAAACUUCCCGUCGCCACAAUUUUUACUACCCAUGCAACUCUGCUUGGCAGGUACUUGUGUGCAGCCAAUAUUGACUUUUACAACAAUCUGGACCAAUUUGACAUUGACAAGGAGGCUGGAGAGAGGCAGAUUUACCAUCGGUACUGUAUGGAACGGGCAUCUGUGCAUUGUGCCCAUGUGUUCACCACAGUCUCCCAGAUCACAGCUACAGAAGCAGAACAUAUGCUUAAAAAAAGCCCUGAUGUUGUCACCCCAAAUGGCUUGAACAUUAAGAAAUUUUCAGCAAUGCAUGAGUUUCAGAAUUUGCAUUCCAUGUACAAGGCUAGGAUCCAAGAGUUCAUUCGAGGUCAUUUCUAUGGCCACCUUGACUUCGAUCUUGACAAGACCUUGUUUUUCUUCAUUGCUGGGAGAUAUGAGUUUUCCAACAAAGGAGCUGAUAUGUUUCUAGAAGCCUUAUCAAGAUUAAACUUUUUGCUGAGGGUUCACAAGGCUGAUGUUACAGUUAUCGUGUUCUUCAUCAUGCCAGCAAAAACCAACAAUUUCAAUGUGGAAACCUUGAAAGGACAAGCAGUCCGGAAGCAGCUCUGGGACACUGCACAGUCUGUGAAAGAAAAGUUUGGAAGGAAACUCUACAAUGCCUUGCUGAAAGGAGAAAUCCCAGACCUGAACAAGAUUCUUGACCGAGAUGACAUAAGCAUUAUGAAAAGAGCCAUCUUUUCAACUCAGAGACACUCUCUGCCUCCAGUGACCACCCACAACAUGAUUGAUGACAGCAAUGACCCAAUCCUCAACACCAUCCGGCGCAUUGGGCUGUUCAACAACCGUACAGACCGCGUAAAGGUGAUCCUACAUCCAGAGUUUCUUUCUUCAACAAGCCCCUUGCUGCCCUUGGACUAUGAGGAGUUUGUUAGAGGCUGCCACCUUGGUGUAUUCCCAUCAUACUAUGAACCCUGGGGCUACACUCCAGCUGAGUGUACUGUGAUGGGCAUUCCCAGUGUAACCACAAACCUCUCUGGAUUUGGCUGUUUCAUGCAGGAACAUGUUGCUGACCCAGAAGCUUAUGGGAUCUACAUCGUGGACAGGAGGUUCCGCUCGCCGGAUGAGUCGUGCAACCAGCUGACCCAGUUCCUGUACGGGUUCUGCCAGCAGAACCGGCGCCAGCGGAUCAUCCAGAGGAACCGCACCGAGCGCCUCUCCGACCUCCUGGACUGGAAGUACCUGGGCAGGUAUUACAUGCAUGCCAGACACUUGGCCCUCAGCAGAACAUUCCCAGAUAAAUUUGAGAUGGAACCAAGUGCUCCACCAAAGACCGAAGGUUUCAGGUUCCCCAGGCCUUCAUCGGUGCCGCCAUCGCCCUCUGUCUCCCAGCAUUCCAGCCCUCACCACAGCGAAGCCGAGGAUGAAGAUGAGGAUGAGAGAUACGAUGAGGAUGAGGAAGCUGAAAGGGAUAGGCAGAACAUCAAGUCCCCCUUUUCCCUUGGAGCCUUGCCACAAGGAAAGAAGAAGCAGCAUGGAGAAUACAGGAACUGA